AUGCAUCUUUCUAAAGCUGUAGUCCUUGUUGCUUUUUUCUUUGCGUUUUCUCUUAGAAGACUACCUUUAGCCUACGGUCAGCUUACUCCAACAUUUUAUGAUCAAACAUGUCCAAACGUGAGCAACAUUAUCCUUGGAGUCAUUGCUGAGACAUUAACCUCCGAUCCUCGGAUUGGAGCCAGCCUCAUCAGGCUUCACUUCCAUGACUGCUUUGUUAACGGUUGUGAUGGUUCGAUUUUGUUGGACAACACCGAUACUAUACAAAGCGAAAAGGAAGCUAAUGCAAACAACAACUCUGCAAGAGGUUUUGAUGUUGUUGAUAGAAUGAAGGCCUUGUUGGAGAGUGCUUGUCCUGAUACUGUUUCUUGUGCUGAUAUCCUCGCUAUUGCAGCUGAAGAAUCUGUCGUUUUGGCAGGAGGUCCGUCAUGGGCAGUUCCAGUAGGAAGAAGAGAUAGCACAACAGCAAGCCGAGAUGCAGCAAAUGCUUUCAUUCCAGCCCCUUUUGACACCCUUCCUACACUUAGAGAGAGGUUCACUAAUGUCAGCCUAAACAACAAUACUGAUUUGGUAGCUCUAUCAGGUGGUCACACAUUUGGAAGGGCUCAAUGUAGAACGUUCAACUUCCGAUUAUUUAAUUUCAAUGGCACUGGUGCUCCUGAUCCAACAAUAGACCCAGAUUAUCUAGCACUACUCCAGCAAUUAUGUCCUCAAGGUGGAAAUGGCAGUGCGCUAGCUGAUCUUGAUCCCACAACACCUAAUGGCUUUGACAAUAACUAUUACUCCAAUCUGCAAUCUAACCGAGGCCUACUUCAGAGUGAUCAAGAACUGUUUUCAACUCCUGGGGCUGAUGAUCUCAUUCGACUUAGUGAUGAAAACUUGAUGCAAGUCGGAUGGGUACCAAUGGAGUCUUGUUGA